CGGAAGGAUAAAGCGAUGGAUGCCAUUGAGCAGCAGAUUCGCCCCGCUUUUCCUCCGGUUUAUAAGGGCGAGGAGAGCACCGCAACACCAUCACACACACUUGGCUCCUGACGCUUGACAGGCAGAGGGGGAGAGACACGAUUGAUCUCAAUUGGUAGGCAGCCGUUGCUUGGCGCCUUGGCGGGGCGGCGGCCACAGAUAAGCUAGCUGCUUUGCUUCCUCCUGCUGCCGUUGCUGGGUGCUCUCGUUUCCCUUCCCGGCGUCUGCUCCGCCCUCGGAAUCUCGCCCUGCACUUAUUCCCUAGCCUAUCUCUGCACCCUACCAUAGCUUGUAGCUUAGCCCACAGCCGCGCAGGCAGCCAGCGACCGAGCUGCGAGCUAUAGAGAGAGAGAGAGAGAGAGAGAGAGAGAGAGAGGUCAGAACAGAGGAGCUCGCCCUCUUUCCGUGCGAGUGUGCGACUGAACCUAGCUCAACUGCAGCUUUGAAUGCUCAGGGCCUGAAAGCACUCGAGCCUUGUCCCUUGCUCGCAAACCCUUGCCGCCUUUUGGUCACCUCGGGCGCCGCGCGGAGCAGCACCUGUGCUCUGCCCUGUCCUCCCCCUGUUCACCGCUCUCUUCUCGCUGGCCUGCUAGGCAGGGGGCAGCCUUUCCUCGCCGGUCGCCAUCCUCAUUUAUAAAUCCCGCUCCCCUCUGUCUACUGCUCGUCUCUCUCCCUGCUCUGUGCUCUGCUUCUGAGUCGUGUGUGACCCGUGACCGUGAGCUUGUUCUGCGCGCGCUGAGCUAGAGGGAAAGGAAGGCGGCGACCAUGGCGUGGCGCGGCCGGCUCGGAGAGGCUGGAGACAGCGGCCUCGAGCUCAGCCUUGGCCUCCCGGCCUACUUCGCCAAGCCCUCCGGUCUGGACGCCGGAGAGGAGCCCGGUGAUGCUGCUGCUUUUGCUCUCCAAGCUGCCAAAGGGAGCGAUGGCUCCAAGACAAGGACCAGGCCAGCAGCAGCUGCUCCGGUGGUGGGGUGGCCGCCGGUGCGGUCGUUCAGGAGGAACCUCGCGUCCUCCAGGCAGUCGCCCCAGUCGUCGUCCGCUCAUCAUCAGGACGGCGGGGUCAAGGGCGGCGGCGGCGCCAAGGGAGGCGGCGCCGGGGAGGGCGGGCACAAGGGCGGCCUGUUCGUGAAGAUCAACAUGGACGGCGUGCCCAUCGGGCGAAAGGUGGACCUCAGGGCGUACGGCGGCUACGCCGAGCUCUCCUCCUCCGUCGGCAAGCUCUUCCGCGGCCUGCUCGCCGCUCAGAGGGACCCGGCCGCCACCGCGGUGGGAAGGCGCUGCGGCGAGGAGGCGGAGGAGGCCGCGGAGCCCGUGAUCGGCGGCGACUACACGCUGGUGUACGAAGACGAGGAGGGCGACCGGGUGCUGGUCGGCGACGUCCCUUGGGAGAUGUUCGUGGCCACCGCGAAGAGGCUGCGCGUGCUCAAGAGCUCCGACCUGCCGGCCUCGUCGCUGAGAGCAGGCGGGGGCAGGAAGAGGGCUGCAGCCGACUGCUGAGCCAUCCAAGCUCUGUUCUGUUCUGUUCCACGCAUCACCAGCUUGUAGAAAAGGUCCCAAGUGGAGCACUGGCCUGAGACUGGCCUUUUUAUGUCUUUCUGUGUUGCUGCUAAUAGUAGUGCAGUGGUACCACCGUACCAGUAUAUGGGAGGGAACAAGACAUGACGGUGUUUAGGGUCAUGUAAUGCAGUAGUAUUAGGUGUUCAUAAGUCAAUGGUCUUUCUUGCCUGCUUUUGAGGCCAUCUCGGUGGUAAAAAUUGCGAAAUUGUAGCAUGAAUCUGAUCUUAGUGUGUUCUCGUGAAUGAUCAAGACAGUGGAGUAAGUUCUGAA